AGACGUAGCCUCAUUUUAAGACCAUAGUUAUGUUCCAAGGUUGCCCCCCGGCCCCUACUUGUGUGAGCUGAGGACAAUUAUUCUCUUUUGCACAUUUAUGCUUUGGCUACUUAUUUAAUUCCAUUUCUUGUAAUAGAACUUCUCUAUUUAUUUGUGUAUAAUUCUCGUUCCUUUUUUCACAUCCUCAAAACUCAAACGAGUUAAUGUAGUGUCCCAUUUCCCAUACACAACUUGAUUUGUUUAACAAUAGCCGACGUUGACCGGAGGAUGAUGGGUCAACCCCCCGCUCACGUAGCCGGCCUCCGUCGUCUCUCUGCCAGAGCCGCCACUUCAUCCCGGAACAGCCUUCCCUCACUUUCUUCUCUCGCCGGAGAUGUCAUUGCACAACUCAAGAGCUCCGGCGUACGUGUGGAGCCCGGUCUGUCGGCCCCCGAGUUCGCCCGGGCAGAAACCGAGUUCGGGUUCCGAUUUCCUCCCGACCUCAGAGCAAUCCUCUCCGCCGGCUUACCGCGCGCCUACGGCUUCCCGGACUGGCGCUCGUCCGGCACCGCGCGCCUCCUCCUCCGCGCGUCCCUCGAACUUCCACUCGCCGCCGUAGAGAGGGCAUCCCCGCGGUCCAAGUCGUGGGGCCCGCGACCUUCUAACCCGAAAAAGGCGGCCCCGGUUCUCGUACCCGUUUUCCACGGGUGUUACAUCCCGUGCGAUCCUUGUUUGGCGGGAAACCCGCUCUUCUACGUGGACGAGAACGGGAUUUUCUGUUGCGGGUCUGAUCUCUUAGACUUCUUCAGUCGCAAGCCAUCUGACCCGCACAGACAAUUUUCGAUUCUCAACACAUCGCGGCUUCCUGGAAGUGUCGGAGAUGGUGAACGUGUCGCCUUCGGGGUUCGUGGUCGGAGAAAGGGCGGAGUUAUAUUAUGACCGGCGGGCGGUUAUGGACGCGCUUCUGGCGAAAGCGCUUCGGUUAUCGGAUUUCCUUCGGAGUGGGGGAUGGAGCAGCAAGGAAGUGUCAAGCGCAUUCGGGUUUGAUGUUCGGGCGCACAAGUGCUCGACCAACAAACUGAGUGAUCGAGUAGCUAAGUAUGUAUAGUCCUUCCAUAUAUAUGGAUCCUAGCUCUUUUUUUUCGCAUUGGGAUUAAUGAGUUGAAAGCAAGAAAAUUAAGUUCAUAAU